CAGGCAGGCGCGCCGGGCAGCCGGGGUCCUGCACGCCCAAGACCGGACGAAGCAAGAUGGCGGGACCCAGCAGCCGUCAGGUGUUGUCCUUAUACAGGGUGAUGUUGAAAGAGAGCAAGAAGUUUUCCAGUUACAAUUAUAGGACCUUUGCACUCCGGAGAAUUAAGGAUACUUUUCGAGAAAACAAAAAUGUGACAAAUCCUGAAGUUAUCCAAGAGCUAAUAGAAAAGGCUGAAGCCAACACAGAAGUUAUUCGACGACAGGUGGUAGAGGUUGACAGUUUGGGAGAUGGUGCAAAGAAGUCUUGGUGCUCGUCGGCCAUUUGUACACAGCGGAAAAGCUCAUAAUUGAAAAUCAGUGAAACUGUGCAUUAAGAGUCAAGAAGUGUUUUAAUGAAGAGUCAUUCCAUCUAUCACCUUCUAGUCGACUAUCUGGAACUCGCAGUGUCCCAAUUUUUAAAGUACUAAAGCUUCUCUCUCCUGUGUAUGUGACAGAUCUAUAAAAGAUUCUUAUGGUAACACUUGCACAUCAAUGUAAUCUCUUUAUUUAAUUGCACUGUUAAUUUAGUUAUAUAGUGCCAGUGAUCCCCAAUAUUUUGGGAUAUUGGAGCAAUUGUACAUGCCAGCUAGACAAUAUUAAAUGUAUACAAUAUUGUAUAAUUCUAAUACUUUGGAUUUUUUCUUUUUUCAAUGUUGCAGCUACUAAUGAGCAGUGACAAGACGGUGUAUUUAUGGUUAAAGCUAGUUCUCUGCAUAACCAAUAAAAGAUCUGAAGAUAAACUCGCUAAUGACACGUAGUUGAAAUGUGUACUCUUAGCUAAUGUUUUGCGCUAGAAUAAUCUCUACAAAUAUUGAUAAAGUAGUGUCCUAGUUUUGAAAUGGAGCAAUUUAUUUAUAACCUGCUCUUCGUACUAUUGAAGGGAUGGUACUGCAUCAAAACAUCCUGAUACUUUUUAAAUAAAUAGCCUUCCAUAAUUGCAAAUACUGUAUGCAUUUUUAACUCAGUACCAUUGGAAUGGAUAUAAAUCACCAACCAUAAGUGACUCAAACUCUUUAUCAUUAUAUGCUUUGUUAGCUCACAUUGCAUUCAAAUACUGCUUUAAUUGAGUUUUUGUAUCUCAUUAAAAAUAGAGAGUAAACAAACUUUGUUUCAGUUACAUUGCAAAGUUGUUUCUUGUAGGUUUUUAGGAACUGAUAUAAUUUACCCUGUUUAAUUACAAAUCCAUAGUGAAUAACCAAUAUUGUACAAUGCCAAAAAUUACAUAAUUCUAAUAUUUUUACACUGGCCACAUUAAUAAUCAAUUGUAACUGUCCUAAAUUUUCCAUUUACUUAGAUACUAACAGGUAUUGUACUAAUAGGUCACAGCUAAUUAAAGUGCAAUGAAGAUGCAUAUCCAAACAUGGUGUAUAUAAUGCUCAUUUUCUGUCAAUAAUACUUCCAAGUAUUGCACCCAAAUUUCUUUUUUUUAAGUAUAAAGAAACUACAGAAAAUACAAAGCAUAAAUAUCUGCACCCUUUUGUUGAUCUCUGUAUGAGCUCACCCCAAUGAGAUUUUGUAACUGUGAUGGAAGACUUGUUUAAUGGAAGAAUAAUGCAUUGCUUCACAUGGUGUGAUGUUACUAUUCAUGUAAACGGCAUCAUCUGAAUUAUCAUGGGCAAUACCAUGGAAUUUGCUACCAGAUAGAAAAUCUUGCAGAUAGUGCACAUCCGUUCUACUCCAGAUGUUACAAUUUGAUAUUGAUGCAAAACAAUCUUUUUUGUAAAAGCAGGAUUCCAAGCUAUAUAAAUAGAGCCAGAGAGUGCAAAAACAAGCAAGUUUUGUUCAAUCUUUAUGAGUCACUGGUUAGACCUCCGCCAGAGUAUUCUGUCCAAUUCUUGCACCACACUUCAGGAAAGAUAUCAACUUUCAAAAAGGAAUUGGAUAUAUUUUUGAAAGGAAAAAAUUGCAGGGUAUGGGGAAAAAGUGGGGAGUGGAAUAAUUGGAUCCAGCACAGGUAUGAUGGGAUGAAUGGCUGCCUUCUGUGCUGUAUGUUUCUAAAAGAGGGAGAAAAAAGGUGAUCAAUGCACUUUGGGUUCUGAUACAAAGCUUGAAAAUUACAAGAGAUUUACUGACCUCUUCCAUACCGAUAGUGAGUACUAACUCAACAUGAACAGGUUAGGUUAGCAGCUAAACACCACCAUGUUCUCAACAUUAAACUGUCUCUAACCAAUGCGACGGGAAAUUUGCCAAUAAAAAGAAAUUUGUCU